CGUACUGGACUGGGAGGAUACCGGACUAGACUGGGAGGAUACCGGACUAGACUGGGAGGAUACCGGACUAGACUUGGAGGGGACCGGACUGGACUGUGGGGACCAGACUAGACUGGGAGGAUACCGGACUAGACUGUGGGGACCGGACUAGACUGGGAGGGUAUCGGACCGGACUAGACUGGGAGGGGACCGUACUGGACUGUGGGGACCAGAAUAGACUGGGAGGAUACCGGACUAGACUGUGGGGACCACACUAGCCUGGGAGGGGACCAGACUGGGGACCACCACAUCACAAGUCCUUUUAAACGUGUUUAGUGGAGUCAUUUAAAAGCUAUUUGUAAAAUAUGCUUGCUGCUUGCAAUUGAGGCAGCCCAUACUCCCAUGGAGGAGAAAGGAAAUUGAAUUACCAUUGGUUAUUCAACGAUGCUCUAAAUUCAUCAAGAACAUUUACAGCAUUUUUCUCUUUAAGCUCUAGUCUAGGAUAGGCUCAUAACAGGAAACCCAUGCUGCUGUGUAAGGACCAGGGACGGGUGGUGAUCCCGGACCGAGGGUGAUAUGCAAAAUGCUGAUGCUCAGAAGUUUGGUGUUUUGAAUGAAUCACUGAAGAGAGCCAGGAGCAGGAGAACCGACAAUUUGGAUCCAAGAUGACUGACUCCAAGUACUUCACGACUACCAAGAAAGGGGAGAUCUUCGAGCUCAAGGCAGAGCUGAACAGCGAUAAGAAGGAGAAGAAGAAGGAGGCCGUGAAGAAGGUGAUCGCGUCCAUGACCGUUGGUAAAGAUGUGAGCGCCCUGUUCCCAGAUGUGGUGAACUGCAUGCAGACAGACAACCUGGAGCUGAAGAAGCUGGUGUACCUCUACCUGAUGAAUUACGCCAAGAGCCAGCCAGACAUGGCCAUCAUGGCCGUCAACACCUUCGUGAAGGACUGCGAGGACCCCAACCCCCUCAUCCGGGCCCUGGCCGUGCGCACCAUGGGCUGCAUCCGCGUGGACAAGAUCACAGAGUACCUGUGUGAGCCGCUGAGGAAGUGUCUGAAGGACGAGGACCCCUACGUCCGCAAGACGGCUGCCGUGUGCGUGGCCAAGCUGCACGACAUCAACGCCCAGCUGGUGGAGGACCAGGGCUUCCUGGACACUCUCAAGGACCUCAUCUCCGACUCCAACCCCAUGGUGGUGGCCAACGCUGUGGCGGCGCUCUCGGAGAUCGCAGAGUCCCACCCCAACAGCAACCUGCUGGACCUCAACCCCCAAUCCAUCAACAAGUUGCUGACCGCGCUCAACGAGUGUACGGAGUGGGGCCAGAUCUUCAUCCUGGACUGCCUGGCCAACUACACGCCACGCGACGACCGCGAGUCCCAGAGCAUCUGUGAGCGGGUCACCCCCCGGCUGUCCCACGCCAACUCUGCAGUGGUGCUGUCGGCGGUGAAGGUCCUGAUGAAGUUCAUGGAGAUGCUGCCCAAGGACCUGGACUACUACGGCACGCUGCUGAAGAAGCUGGCCCCGCCGCUGGUCACGCUGCUGUCAGCGGAGCCCGAGCUGCAGUACGUGGCCCUCAGGAACAUCAACCUCAUCGUGCAGAAACGGCCGGAGAUCCUGAAGCACGAGAUGAAGGUGUUCUUCGUCAAGUACAACGACCCCAUCUAUGUCAAGUUGGAGAAGUUGGACAUCAUGAUUCGCCUCGCCUCACAGGCCAACAUCGCCCAGGUGCUGGCAGAGCUGAAGGAGUACGCCACAGAGGUGGACGUGGACUUUGUACGCAAAGCUGUCCGAGCCAUUGGCCGCUGUGCCAUCAAAGUAGAGCAAUCUGCGGAGCGCUGCGUCAGCACGCUGCUGGACCUCAUCCAGACCAAGGUCAACUACGUAGUGCAGGAGGCCAUCGUCGUCAUCAAGGACAUCUUCCGCAAGUACCCCAACAAGUACGAGAGUGUGAUCGCCACUCUCUGUGAGAACCUGGACUCCCUGGACGAGCCCGAGGCCCGGGCCGCCAUGAUCUGGAUCGUGGGGGAGUACGCUGAGCGCAUCGACAACGCCGACGAGCUGCUGGAGAGCUUCCUGGAGGGCUUCCACGACGAGAGCACGCAGGUUCAGCUGCAGCUCCUGACUGCCAUCGUCAAACUGUUCCUGAAGAAACCCACCGAGACCCAGGAGCUGGUGCAGCAGGUCCUCAGUCUGGCCACGCAGGACUCGGACAACCCAGACCUGAGGGACCGCGGCUACAUCUACUGGCGCCUGCUGUCCACGGACCCCGUGGCCGCCAAGGAAGUGGUGCUUGCGGAGAAGCCCCUCAUCUCGGAGGAGACGGACCUCAUCGAGCCCACCCUGCUGGAGGAGCUCAUCUGCCACAUCGGCACCCUGGCCUCCGUCUACCACAAGCCCCCCAGCGCCUUCGUGGAGGGCAGCCGCGGCGUGCAGCACAAGAGGAUCCCCAUCCGCAGUGGAUCCGGAGAGAGCUCUGAGAGCCAGGACACUGGUGGGGCCCCCGGGGCCACCGAGGCCCCCGCCGCCGUCAUCCCCUCCCAGGGAGACCUGCUGGGAGACCUGCUGAACCUGGACCUGACACCCCCCACCUCCGCCGCCGGCGCCCCCCCCGGACCCCCCAUGCCGAUGGGAGGCAUGGAUCUGCUGGGGGGAGGACUGGACAGCCUGCUCGGCGGAGACAUUGGGGGAAGUCCUUCCAUGGGCUCUGGGUUCGGGGCUCCUGCGGCCGUGAUGCCGUCCUCCCUGAACGCCCCGGUGGGGGGUGGUCUGGGGGACCUGUUUGACCUAGGGGGUGGCGUGGGGAUGCCCAUGGGAACCUUCGUCCCUCCGAAGACAUUGUGGCUCCCAGCCAUGAAGGGUAAGGGUCUGGAGAUCAUGGGCACGUUCGCCCGGCGUGCAGGGGUGAUCCAGAUGGAGAUGACCCUCACCAACAAGGCCAUGAGCGUCAUGACGGACUUCGCUAUCCAGUUCAACAGAAACAGCUUCGGUCUGGCUCCUGCCGGCCCCCUCCAGGUCCCCACGCCGCUCAGCCCAAACCAGACCAUCGACGUCAGCCUCCCCCUGAACACCGGGGGACCCGUCAUGAAGAUGGAGCCUCUGAAUAACCUCCAGGUGGCGGUUAAGAACAACAUUGACGUCUUCUACUUCAGCUGCCAGUACCCCAUCAGCAUGCUGUUUGUGGAGGACGGGAAGAUGGACCGCCAGGUGUUCCUGGCCACCUGGAAAGACAUCCCCAACGAGAACGAGGCCCAGUUCCAAAUUAACGACUGCCAUCUCAACUCUGACGCUGCCUCAAACAAGCUGCAGGGCAGCAACGUGUUCACCAUCGCCAAGCGCACGGUGGAGGGCCAGGACAUGCUCUACCAGUCCAUGAAGCUCACCAACGGCAUCGGUGUGCUGACGGAGCUCCGCGUUCAGACCGGUAGCCCCACCUACACGGUGUCUCUGAAGUGCCGGGCGCCCGAGGUGUCCCAGUGUGUGUUCCAGUGCUACGAGGCGGCGCUCAAGAACUGACCACACCACACCACACACACAAACACACACACCACACACACACACCCACACCCACACACCCCCCUCUUUACUGCAGAGCCCGCAGUGGAUAGACCACAGGGGUCGUGACCCGAGGUCCGUGAGUGAGAGAAGUGGUUCUGCCCCCCCCCCCCCCCCCACGGACCCCUUCUUUUCAUCUCCCCUUGAUGAGUGCUUUUCACGCUGGGCUGUCCUCCGUUUGAAAAGCUCUCACAUUAUGAAUCAUGUUUUGUUUGUCGCUUCUGUCCCUCUCAUUGUGAUGAGGGACGAGCGUUAAGGCUGAGCUCUCCCUCUGCUUGCAUGAUCCUGUUUCCGCGUCGCAACAAUGAAUCCUCUAUUCAUCGUGUGAACAAUCACCUGCAAGUCAUCUCUGCUGUAAACUCUUUAUUUUGGGUCCAA